AAUCGUGUCAAAAUCUUUAGUUGCAGAAGCAAUGUUAUGCGUUAUAGGUCGUUGUUGGAAUUAAAAAUUUAUUCAAUAACUUAUACUCCUAGGAGACUAUUGUAAAGAUAAUCAGUGAUCAAUUUGUGAUUCUUCUGAUCCUGUAAUUAUAAUUUUAAUACCAUUAUGUCUCGUUUCCUAUCAAAAGACCAGCUAGAAGGGUUCGAAAAAUAUAAGUAUAACUCCAUAGACACUAGUAUACUGAGUACCUAUGUUAUGCAUCCAUUUUGGAACUGGUGUGUCCAGUUUUGUCCGGUAUGGGUGGCACCCAACCUGCUAACAUUUUCUGGUUUUCUGCUGACGGUUAUUAACUUUCUGUUAUUCUCCUAUUAUGAUUAUGGAUUCCAUGCGCUAUCGAAGGAGAAUUUCACAAACGAUAGCAUACCAAACUGGGUGUGGGCUGUUACCGCUGUCAAUUUAUUUGUGGCUUACACACUCGACGGUAUUGACGGUAAGCAAGCCAGAAGAACAGGCAGCAGUGGUCCACUGGGUGAACUCUUCGACCACGGUUUGGACUCAUACUCGACCGUGCUCAUACCGACAUGUUUAUACAGCAUAUUUGGAAGGGACGAGCUGACCCCUCUCAGAUUUUAUUUCGUUAUAUGGAACAUAUUUCUAAACUUUUAUUUGACACAUUGGGAGAAAUACAACACCGGUGUCAUGUUCCUACCGUGGGGCUACGACUUUACCAUGCUCGGCUCCUGUAUCCUCCUGCUGGUGACGUCACUGAUAGGUCCUUCAGCGUGGCACGUCACCUUACCGGGCGGUCUAACCCCCGGCGUGGUGUUUGAGAUCGUGCUAUACUUCUCCGCCAUCAUAACGAGCCAGACGGUUAUAUUGUGGAACAUUUAUAAAUCAUAUCGCGACGGUACUGGUAAAAUGCGUCCAUUCAUAGAGGCCGUCCGUCCCUUGUUCCCGCUAGCCAUCUUUUUUAUUCUGAGCACAGCCUGGGCACUUUACUCUCCUAAUGACGUCAUUAACAAAGGCCCGCGACUGUUCUAUAUCUUGACAGGAACCAUUUUCUCAAAUAUCAACUGUCGUCUGAUCGUGUCUCAAAUGAGUGACACAUGCUGCGAGUCCUUCAAUGAUCUUCUAAUACCAUACGCGGCUGUAGUGUUCGCUUGCCUGUACGGCGUCUCCGAGGCGGUGGAGCUGGUGCUGCUGUCGCUCCUCACGGCUCUGGUGUCCGUAGCGCACAUCUACUACGGAACACACGUGGUACAAGAAAUGUGCGAACAUUUUAAAAUUUCCUGUUUUAAAAUUAAGUCAAAAUCGAAUUAAUUUUUUUUUAAUUUAUAUUAUGCAAUUAACCUGGUCAUAGUUCACUAUUGUUUUUUUUUUUUUUGUUUUGUAAUGUAUGAUCUGAGUUUUUGUCGAUUUGAAAUUAUUUUAAGUAAUUGUUUAGCUUAUGAUAGGUAAAUUUUUAAGGCCAUUGCCAUAGGGGCUUUUUAAUAUUAUUCUAUAUACUAAAUAGAUAUAAUAUCUAUAGAGAAGUAUCCUGAACGUAUAUACAUAUAUUUCGAUCUUUUGUUUUUGUUGUUAUUAAAAUUUAGGAAAGAUUCAUGAAUUAAGUUUAUGGAUUAUUGUUCAAAAAUAUUUUUUGUAUAUUAUGUACGAUUACUUAGACCUUUGAUAUGUCAUAGUUUAAAAAAAACUAUUUAACAAACAAAUUUGAUAUCUUUCCGAUUAGGAUUAUAUUGGUAAUGUGUAUUAUAAUGUUUUUUAACGGCUUUUAAAGAUUUUUUAUUCUUUUUUAUAAUUAGGAAUACGCUUCAAGUAAUUUAAUUUGCGUAAAAUAUAUUCAAAAUAAAAUUUCUUCCUAAAAUUGAUAUUAUAAUUAAUAGCAAUGUUAUUUUUACAUUUUAUUGUAAUAACAACAGUGAAUGCAUAUCAUAACUAAUAAUUAAUUAUGGUUACCUUAAAGUUGGGUUUAAUAAAAACAAGCUUGUAUAUUUUUAGAUUAGUAAAAGAAUAUAACGGAAGUCUCGUAGAUUAGAUAAAAUUUUAAAUGGCAACAUUUUAGAGCUGUCAAUUGAAUGUGUUGAUUAGAAUGGCCGUUUAAACUUUAAAGCCAAUUUUGCUUCAUUCUUUAAUAUCCUGUAAGUUUCUUCGUAUAAUUAAUUUUGUAGAGAUGUAUCUGUUGUGGCGUCGUCCGCAACUGAUUGGCUGGACGUUGGUGGAUUCAUUGCAUACAAACAAGACAGUUAACGUGAAUUUUCAGUGUUGUUAUCAUUUAUUUGAAAUUGUAUAAUUUAAAGUACGGCAAUUACGUUCAUUAGUUUCAAUUUCAAACCGAAAAUUCAUUAUUUAAAGUAUUAAUGUCAUUACUUGAACAACCACUGCUGGAUUCAACUCAAGGAAACGACGUAAUUUGAACCUUAUUUACAUUACGUUGCUUACUAAAAUAGUGCAUUUAUAUGUUUUAAAGACAAAUCAAUUUAUAUUAUUACCAAAAAAAUAAAAACCCCUUCCAUUUAUACAAGUCAAUUCAAAGUGGUUUAUAACACUAGCGUUAUUAAAUUUUGAUGUCUAAAUGUUGUGUCCCAUUGGAGUCCUCAUAGAAAAUUGUUGAAAAUAUAAUUGUUCUAUAAGGUAUGGUAAUAAAUAGUUAUGAUGUUGUAUGUACUAUCUCAAUUUUUUAUGUAAAUUGAGAUUAAAAUCAUACCCGACCGCACGUCUGAAUGGUGUGUCGAUUACUUUUUUUUUAUUGGUCAAAUAAUCAGCUUUAUAUAAUGGUAUGUAUUGUGUAUUAUUAAGUAAUUUAAAAUGACUAUCAACUAUUGCUUGUUGUGUAGAGCACAACACAACCUUUUUAGUCCAUUGCCAAAAAUUUUUUUAUGUAUAAUGUUUUAUACAUAGUAUUUAUUUUUUAAUAGCACAGUGUGUUUAACACUUUAAAAUGUUUAUUGGUAUUUUUUUUUAUUCUCCAAAAUUGCCAAAAAAUUGAAAUCAAAUUUAAUUAAAUAAAAAAUUUCGUGUCUAUUUAGUCUCUUUUACCUUAAAUUGUGUAAUGAAAGAAAUACAUCAACAUAAACUAUUAUAUGAUAAUUAAAUUCAUAUAAUUUACACGGAAGCAUAUGUUCCUAUUUUGCUCUUUCCCUUAUAAACUUUUUUAUAUAUUUACAACUACUGUAUUCGUUUCCUAUUAAAAGAUCUGAUACAACUAUGGAUAUUGUCAAUAAUUUAUCAUUAUCGUUUUUUUGUCUAGUUCAUCUGAAUCUCUGUAAAUGGAGACACUUGGAUUUUUUUUGUAACUAACAAUUUUUUUGUAGAUUAGUUUUCAAUAACAUUUAAUAUGUUGUGCUCAAAUGUUAUUUGUACCUGUUUAUUUUUUAAGUGUAUAUUUCAUACUUAACAGUCAACUGUAAAUUAUGCUAUUAUACUACUCAUGGUAAUAAAGAAUUAAAUCUA